CGCUUAACAAAUUAUAAGUAAACCACAACCACGGCGCAUAAUAAAUAAAAUAAAAUGGAUUGAAUCUCUGAUGAUCUACGCCGUUAUAAUGAUCCUAUAGUUAGCCUGCGGUUAUCUAUCAACUGCCCAAAGUUUUUUACGCAUAUUUUUUCUCUAUUCCAAUUCUAAGAAUAAUGAGCAUUCUGAUUACUAUUCAGUAAGUGAAAUUAUAAGAACAAUCUGCGUGUACCUCAGUAUUACUUGAGGAUCCAAACAAUAUUAACAUGUUUUUGCACACUGAAUACUAUUUGUACGUGAUUGAAGUGGUGAAUUUGUUAAAUUAGUGCACUAGAUUUAAGUUUCAUUGAGUUUUUACCAUGCGGGUGCUGUAUUUGAUUGUGUUUUGUUUGUCUUCAGUGUGUGGAGUAUACAUAUCGAACCUGAGCGGGGCAUGUCUGCGGUGUCUCUGCCACGUGGCGGGUUGCGACAUGUCGCACGGGUGCACUGACGGAUACUGCGGGCCAUUCUACAUCUCCCGUGUGUACUGGGUGGACGCGGGAAGGCCUACGCUGCCCGAGGACAACCCAGACCGAGUGGAGGCAUUUGAGGACUGCGCUAAAGACUACUACUGCUCUAUCAAGAUUGUGGAAAACUACAUGGCGAGAUUUGGAAAGGACUGCAACAAGGACGGCGUGACGGACUGUUUCGACUACAUGAUGAUCAACUACCACGGAGGGCGUGCGUGCACCGGCCCUCUCUUCCUCACCAUGCAUGGACUCCGAUGGCUCAAUAAAUACAAGCAGUGCAAACUUUAAUACCUUACAAUAGACCCAAUAAAGACUUCAAUAAUAAAUAGGUAUAUUGAGAGCGCCGACUAAGGCUUCAAUAAACUGUUGGAAGCGAAUUUUUAAAAUCUCGCUCGAUUCAAUGUCAGAAUACAUACAAUUAGGUAUAUUUACCUACCCAAGUUUACACAACAA